GCCUCCAGAGCUGGCUGUUGCACCCUCCCCCAGUGCAGCUGGCCCCAGAAGCUGCUUAAGCUGGGGUCCUCAGAGGGGACCCCCAUGCUCUCAUUGCUCCCCUCCCCUCCCCCACACUUACUAGACUGACAGAUGCAGGUGCUCAGGAGACAGGUGGGCGGUGCCAGCAGCCAUGGGGUUAAUGGUCCUGGCAGGGGCUCUGUGUGGGAAGCAGGGGUCGGAUGUCCCUCUGGGAUGGCGACCGGCAUGCAUGCUGCUAUUCCAGGGCUCUGAUCACCGCUGUCUAUUUAUAGUGCUAGGGGGGAGGCUCCCCACACAGGCAGCAGAGAGGCUGCCCUGCUGCAAUGUCACCAUCGUCACUGCCACUGCAGGCUGCCUGCAUCUGCCACUGCCGCAGAGGACGGAGGGGCCUCAGCCCAGUAGAACCCCAGGGCUGCUGGGCACUGCGUGAGGCCAGGAGGUGGCAGGGCAGAUGGGCAGCACCAUGGAGCCCCCAGGGGGCGCAUACCUGCACUUGGGCGCUGUGACGUCACCGGUGGGCACAGCCCGUGUGUUGCAGCUGGCCUUUGGCUGCACUACCUUCAGCCUGGUUGCCCACCGGGGCGGUUUCGCAGGUGUCCAGGGCACCUUCUGCAUGGCUUCCUGGGGUUUCUGCUUUGCUCUCUCCGUCUUGAUAGUGGCCUGUGAGUUCACAAGACUCCACGGCUGCCUGCGCCUCUCCUGGGGCAACUUCACAGCGGCCUUUGCCAUGCUGGCCACAUUGCUGUGCGCCACAGCUGCUGUCAUCUAUCCACUGUACUUCACCCGGCUGGAGUGCCCACCCGAGCCUGCAAGCUGCAUGGCCCGGAACUUCCGCCUGGCAGCCAGUGUCUUCGCUGGACUCCUCUUCCUGGCCUACGCUGCAGAGGUGGCCCUAACACGGGCCCGGCCCGGCCAGGUGGCCAGCUACAUGGCCACAGUGUCGGGGCUUCUCAAGAUUGUUCAGGCCUUUGUAGCCUGCAUCAUCUUUGGAGCACUAGUCUAUGACAGCCGUUACGGACGCUAUGUAGCCACCCAGUGGUGCGUGGCUGUUUACAGCUUAUGCUUCUUGGCCACAGUGGCCGUGGUGGCCCUGAGUGUGAUGGGUCACACAGGAGGCCUGGGCUGCCCAUUCGACCGUCUGGUGGUGGUGUACACCUUCCUCGCUGUACUCCUGUACCUCAGCGCUGCUGUCAUCUGGCCGGUCUUCUGUUUUGACCCCAAGUACGGGGAGCCUGGGCGGCCCCUCGACUGUCCCCGAGGCAGCUGUCCCUGGGAUAGCCAGCUGGUGGUAGCCAUUUUCACCUACGUCAACCUGCUUCUCUACAUCAUCGACCUUGCCUACUCCCAGAGGAUUCGUUUUGUGCCCACCCUGUAGCCUGGCAAGCAGCAGCCCAUCCACCUCUGCUCUUUGGCCCAAGGGCAUGUGAGGGUGACCAGGUGAACCAAGACCUCAGGGGCAAAUAAGAGGGAGGCCAAGGGCUCAGUGCAGUUGCAGCUCAAUGGUGAGAGGCUGCUCCUGGACUUCCCAUAGCUCUCUGAGACUGGGUUUUGGGAGAAACAGAGGAAGGACAGAUGGGCAGGAGUCCCUGGGAAGAGAACAAGGCAGUUCAUGGGCUUUCUUCUUAUCUGUCUCUUUCUCUCUUUCUCUCUUUGUCUCUAUCUCUACUUCUAUCUCUCUCAAUUUCCUGGCCUUCCCUGGGCUCAGUGCUGGUCACUAACAUGUGGAAACCCUUUGGAGCAGGUGCUGUUGUAACCCAUUUUGCAGAUGGGGACAAUGAGGCUAGAUGGACUUUAGAGGUGGCCUAUUAUGUUCAUCAGUGUCUGGAGGCUGAGUAAUAUAAACUGGAAAAGGGUCAAUUUUCAGAGGAGUAGGAGGGGCCAAAAACAAGUCUUGGAGAGUACUGAGGCUAGCCCAUUGGAGGGAUGUGCAGAGCUGGAACCUCCUACUUGUUCCCAGAACCCUGGGAGGAGAGCUGUUGCUCAGUGGCUGUGCCAACUCGAAGAGGCGCUCAGAAAUCAGGACCUGACCUCACUGGCCUCUGGGGAGUGUCCUGGUGGCCACAGACAUUGGAAGCAGAGUGAGGACUGUACUGUGGCUGCCCAGGGCUGCCUCCACAGCGCUGGUGGACUGGAAGGGCCUGCCGAGGCCAGCAGUGUGCCAAGGAGACGGGUUCUGACCCAGUGGUGAAGUCCUGCCCAGAUGCCCGUCAUAGGCCAUGAACCAGCAGCUCUUGCAAUGCCUACCAUAGGUCUGGGAGGCUAGCCUGCACUAGCUAGCCAGGCUAGUUAGUGCAGGCAGCACUAACACAGGAUGCAGGCCUGGCCUGGGGCAGCCACUGUGACAUGGAGCCUGGACACCAGGUACCUCUGCUCAAGUAACUAGUUGCCUGGAUGAUCCCAAAUAUGAGAGCCUGCUGGUGCCAUCAUCCUCCAUGCUCCCAUCAGCUUCUACUGCACAAGCCCAGACUGGACCAGGCCCACUGGCCACUUGGAGCCAAAGCAUCAUGGGCAGAAUCUCAGCAGCCCCUCAACCCAUUGACUGGCCUCCAAGGUCCUUGCACAGGAAAUAAAUGCAGAUGUUCAUUUACACCCUGGCUCUGAUAAGCAGUCUUUCCUGAGGAGCUGUGGCCAAUGGCACCUCUGGGCCACCCUCCCCCUGCAUGCUCUGGGAGAAGGGCCUAGACCAGGUCCUGGCUGAGACAGGAUGUGGCCCUGGGGGUACCCCAAGUUCUGGGGGGCAGGUAAGGCUGGGCCUUCCUCCUAAGGAGACAAGAGGCAGGCAGUGUCCUCUCCCUUGCUAAAUGACAGGACAGAGUGCCUCAGAAGGCCAGUAGGAAAAAGAAGGGUCAGGGUCGAUCUCAUCCUCUUCCUUUCUAGAGGCACUCUGGACACACCUGGGUGUUUCUAGGCACUGACAGAGGGGCUGCGCACUUUCUGUGCAGUGGAAUUCAUGCAGCUUUUAGGCUCUGAGGGCCCCCAGUCAGGCCACAUGUGGCACCAUGUUAGUCAAGUGGCCUUUGCUGGCCGACUGGAGUGGGCACAUUUGGGUGUGCUAACAAACAGGGUCUGAACUGAUGUGUUUUUCUUAGGGGAAGUGGGGGCAGGCAGCUGCUGGGUUGGUAGGCAUCCUGAAGGCCUCUGCUGGCUGAGAGGGUUUGGGUCCGGCGGCCACAUCACCACCCAGUAACAAAGGAGCAAUGGGCCACACCCAUCCCGACUUACGGGGAGGCCUGGACACUAUCUGGAAAAGGAAUCUGCUCUUUUCUUUCAUUUCUUUGCUAGCCCAAACUCUGGAACAAGUUAUCUGCCACCAAGUCUGCAACUUUCUCACUGUCCAGUGGUCUUCCACCUCUAGCAUCCCCACUCAACCUAAAUUUCAGAGGUCCUGAGGGACGACAGAGGAAGGGAGGGGAUAGGGCUCAUGAGGAGAAUGGAAGGGCUUCAGGGGCUCCCUGGACCAGAGGGCUGUCUUUGUUUUGUUUUAAGGGGAGUAGUAUAUACUGUUAUCACUUGAAAAAAGUAAGUCUUGAAGUAGGGAGCUCUGCUCUCAAAAGGUAAUGAACUCCUAGGCUUUGUGUCAUGGGCUUGAACUGUUAACUUGGGACAGGUACUUAUUCCAGCCCCGUCCUUGGACAGUGAGGACCAAAUUCAUCUGACCAGUCUCCUAGUGGGAGCAGUUGGUGUAGGUAUCAUGUGUCAAGGAGAGGAGAACCAGGUGGAUAAAAAAAUCAAACUUUGCCUCCAUGGCAAAAAAAAAAAAAAAAAAA